GGCUGCACCAUGGGCCGCUCGCUGGGGGCCGCCCGGCUGUCGCCGCUGUCGCCGCUGUCGCCGCUGCUGCUGGCGCUGCUGGCGGCCGGGGCGUCCCUGGGAGUGUGCACGGCGGGGUCUGACGAGCCCGGCCCCGAGGGCCUCACCUCCACCUCCCUGCUGGACCUCCAGCUGCCCACGGGCCUGGAGCCGCCGGACUCGGAGGAGCCAAGCGAGGCCAUGGGCCUGGGAGCCGGCCUGGGGGCCCCCGGCUCCGGCUUCCCCAGCGAGGAGAGUGAGGAAUCGCGGAUUCUGCAGCCGCCGCAGUACUUCUGGGAAGAGGAGGAGGAGCUGAACGACUCCAGUCUGGACCUGGGACCCACCGCAGACUACGUUUUCCCGGACUUAACGGAGAAGGCCGGUUCCCUGGAAGACGCCGGGCAGACGCAAGACCUGCCGAACCUCCCCUCUGCCUUGCCCAAGAUGAAUCUGGUGGAGCCGCCCUGGCGUAUGCCCCCGGAGGAAGAGGAAGAAGAGGAGGAAGAGGAGGAAGAAGAGGAGGAGAGGGAGAGGGAAGAGGUAGAGAGGGAAGAGGAGGAGGAGGAGGAGGAGGAAGAGCUGCUCCCCGUGAACGGAUCGCAAGAAGAAGCUACGACUCAGGCCUCUGCAUUAGCUCCCACCAGCGGCAGCCGGGCUCCGGGGACCCCCAGGCACAGGCAGGAUGAUUCCGGGGACCAGGCCUCGUCGGGCGUGGAGGUGGAGAGCCGUGUGGGGCCCAGCUUGUCCCCACCCUCGGUCACCCUGAGCACGGUGGCCCUGCGGCAUCAGGACUCCAGCAGCCGGGAGGCAGGGGCCACGGCGCUGCCGGCUGCAGGGCUCGGGGUGGAGUUCGAGGCCCCUCGGGCGGCCAGCAGCGGGGAGACCACCGCGGGGACAGCCGGUCUGGCGGGCGAGCGAGGCCGGGGGCUGUCCUGGGCCGCGUCCCCUCACACCCAAGCUCCGAGGAGGGCUGAGGCCCCAGACGCAGGUCACCUUGACCCGAGAACCUCCGCCCCCCGAGACGUGGAACCGACGCCGUCCUCUGCUCCCCUGGGGCAGGAAGAUCUCAGCCAGCAGCCCCAGGACGGGCAGGCAGCGGAAGCUCCUUCUAGAAUCCCCUGGGACUCCACGCAGGUGAUCUGCAAGGACUGGAGCAACCUGGCGGGGAAGAACUACAUCAUUCUGAACAUGACAGAGAACGUAGACUGUGAGGUGUUCCGGCAGCACCGGGGGCCGCAGCUCCUGGCCCUGGUGGAAGAGGUGCUGCCCCUGCACAGCAUCGGCCACCAGGGCGCCUGGCACAUCUCCCUGAGCAAGCCCAGCGAGAAGGAGCAGCACCUGCUCAUGACGCUGGUGGGCGAGCAGGGGGUGGUGCCCACUCAAGACGUCCUUUCCAUGCUGGGUGACAUCCGCAGGAGCCUGGUGGAGAUUGGCAUCCAGAACUACUCCAUGACGAGCAGCUGCCAGGCGCGGGCCACCCAGGUGCGCAGCGACUACGGGACGCUGUUCGUGGUGCUCGUGGUCAUCGGCGCCAUUUGCAUCAUCAUCAUCGCGCUCGGGCUGCUCUACAACUGCUGGCAGCGGCGGCUGCCCAAGCUCAAGCACGUGUCGCACGGCGAGGAGCUGCGCUUCGUGGAGAACGGCUGCCACGACAACCCCACGCUGGACGUGGCCAGCGACAGCCAGUCGGAGAUACCGGAGAAGCACCUCGCCCUCAACGGCCGGGCGCUCAACGGCCCGGGGAGCUGGGGGGCGCUCAUGGGGGUCAAGCGGGACCCCGAGGACUCGGACGUGUUCGAGGAGGACACGCACCUGUGAGCGCGGCCCGACCCGCCGGGACGAGCAGGGCGGACCCCGAAGCGGACGGCCCCGCCCCGCCCCGCCCCCGCCCCGCUGCCCGCGCCC